GGAAAUAAUAGUAAGAACAAAAUGUUUCCUUGUCUUCUUAGCCUGCAGCUAUGUUCCACCAGUGUCUGCUUGUACAGUCAACUUUGAUCAUUUUACUGGCACAAGGUUCAUUUUGCAUCAAAGGGAAAGAAUUCAUUUUUGCAUUUCCCAAACAUAAUUCAGUGGAGUCUCUCCCCUAUAUCAAAAUCACACGAAUCGAAGAUGUUACAGUGAACGUCACAGUAACAACAAUUUCGUCAACAUCCAAUGUGACAAACAUUACCCAACUGUCCGACACAAAUGGCGGAGAGCUAUUGCUCAAACUGUCCACAGAAGUGCUGCUGACAACAUCGGAUGUCACAUCUAAAUCUAUAUGUGUUGUCUCAGACAGUGACGUCAUCAUUCUGGCAGUCUCCAUUCUACAGACAGCGACCCUAAAUUCAGCCGGGACAUUUCAAGUGUUUCCUGUCUCCGACUUGAGCUCUCGCUACGUGGCGGUCACUACCUGUAAGAUCUACGAGUGUCACGGUUAA